AUGUGGGAUCCAGAAGUUGGAAUUUCACCGCUCAAUGCCGGGAGGAGCAGUGGAGCUUCAUCACCGAGCGAACCGCUCCAAGCAAGGAUGAUGAAGGAUGAGUCCCAUAUCGUGGGUCGCGAAGAUUUUGUGAUCGAACUCGUGUCGCAGUUGAUCGAUAAAAGAGGCGACUGUGCCAACCUGAGAGUGAUUUCGGUGGUCGGCGAGGAAGCCAUCGGCAAAACAGCUCUAGUGAGGAGCGUCUACAACCGAGCGGACAUUAAGAAUCAUUUCGACCGCUGUGCUUGGGUCCGGGUUGGGCCGGAACCUAACCUGGUUCAGCUCAUGGUCGCCUUGCUCAAGCAGCUGAGCGUCGUCUUGCUCAAGCAGCUGGGGGUCCGGGAAUUGCGAGAUGUGGACCGUCUGAAGGAAGAAGAGCUAUCCAAUUUGCUCCAACGAGUCCUGCUGGAGUGCUGUUAUCUGGUAGUCCUGGAUGACUUGUGCAAGCUCCAUCUCAUGGACAAGCUCAUAAUGGUGCUUGCGGACUCGAGGAAUGGGAGCAGAGUAAUCGUCACGACUCUUAACCGCGACAUACCCUCUUCCAUUGAUCCGUGGUAUUCCACGCAUCUCGAGUUGAGCCCCCUUAACCGAGAACAGAGCGAGAAGUUAUUGAAAAAAUGCUGCCAUCCUUUCGAUGUGGUCGAUCCGCCUGUGAAACUCCUCCAUCUCAAAGAGAGGAUUGUUAGCAAAUCGGGCGGUUCUCCCGCAAAGAUCCUGCUACUCGGAGGACUUUUAUCAACCACCUCGUCGGAUAGAUGCACCGAGCUUACCUCGUUAAAUAGAUGCACCGAGCUUGUCAAUCUGCUUGCCAAUGGGCUUACCGAUUGUCCCACACUCCAAGAUGUUGCGCAUUUGAGUUUUGCUAAACUGCCAGAACCGUUCAAGCAAUGUGCUCUGUACUUGGCUCUGUUCCCUAAGGAAUCUGAGAUUCCCACGAGGAGGCUCUUCAGACUCUGGUCAGCUGAAAAAAAUCUAGUAUCUUCACCGUCAGAGAACGGAGUAACCGGAUUUGAUGCAGAGAAAUGUUUCAGGGAUCUGGUGAGGAGAAACAUGGUUCAUGUAGUUCGAUGGAAAUGGGAUGGAAGUGCCCGAACUUGCCGCUUGCCCAGAACGUUGUACGAUGUCUUUUAUCAGAUGGCUAAGAAUGAAGGAUUCCUCAAGAUCUAUGACUGCUCUAUUCAUUAUGAAGGUAAGUUCGAUGCCCCGCGUAUCGCCAUACAUAGGGAUAUUUCUAGAGGAGCAGAAGCAGAGGUGCAAGUAAAUGUGCCGGAAGCAGGACCAGACAAUUCCAUGCCGUGCGGCACUGGACAACUUCGUUGCUACGUGUCAUUCAAUACUGUGAAGCUAGGAACAAGGGCCGGAGAGAUAGCGCUGUUACUUAGACCACUUGUGCCGAAGAGAGACUCGAGUUUGCUGAGUGUACUUGAUCUCGAGGGUGUCUACAAGCCUUUGCUUCCGGAGGAGCUUGGCGAAAUAUUGCCGAACCUACAGUACUUGGGACUGAGAUGGACUCUUCUUGAAUGGCUUCCGGCGUCAGUGGCGCAAUUGUUACACCUGGAAACUUUGGAUCUGAAGUACACUAACAUAAAAUAUGUGCCGGAUUCAAUCUUGGAGGCAGAGCAUCUGCGACACCUAUACAUGACCGAGGUGAGCUUGGAUGACGCCGCUCGUCGUCAUCAAUUGCAAUCCAAUAAAUCAUUAAACUGCAACAUCCAAACCAUUUGGGGCUUAGUCAUAAAAGAUGAUAGUCCCAUGUUGAAAGUGCUGGGCAAGUUGACAGGCCUAAUGAAGCUGGCUCUGACGUGCGAUGGCAAGACGGUAUCGGGAGCAACCAAGCAUAUUAAGAAUCUGGAGAUGCUUAAAUCCCUCAGAUUGCGAUUGAAGGAUCGAUCCGGCGUGCCUUUGAUUGACGAUGUUGAAGAUCAAAUGAGUGAAAUGAAUGGCAUGAGUGGGCUCGAGUCUCUUUCCAACUUGCACCUGCUCGGAUAUUUGGGCAUGCAAAGCUUGUUGGAGUCGCACAUCCCACCGAACCUAAAAGUACUUACCUUGUCCAUGUCGAGACUAGAAGGCGAUCCGAUGGGAGUCCUGGGGAAGCUGAAAUGUUUGACCGCUCUCCGAUUAUUUGCGUCCUCAUACGAGGGCAAGACAUUGAGCGUCUCAGCAGGAACAUUUCCGAGCCUCCGUGUAUUGAAACUGUGGAAGCUGGAGAACCUGACCGAGUGGACUAUACAGGAAAAUGCAAUGCAGUGCCUCGAAGACUUGGAAAUUAAGGACUGCAAGAAGCUGAAGACGAUCGACGGACUGUGGCAGAUUGAAACCUUGGAAGUAAUCACAUUGGUAAGAGUGCCGGAUGAACUCGAGCGAAGUGUCAGAGCAAUGCAGCCGAAUGUGCCAAUUAUAGCGAAGAAAUUGCCGCAGGAUGAAAUAGAGGAGGAGGAGCAAUCAGAUGAAGAAGACGGCAAACGAUGA